AUGAUUACAAGAAGACAGGCACGCCUGGGCAUCGUUGGCGAUGCUGGAAACAGCAGCGGCGCCUUCAGCGGAAGGGCGGCUGUUUCUGCCUCUGCUGACAAGUCGAGAAGCGGCAAUCCCCCGCGCCCACCACGAGCAGGAGCGCGCAUUCGUGUCGCAGAGCUCAAAGCGGCGUGGCGGAGCGUUGUACGUGAUGUUGUGGCAGUGCGGCGCCGAAGCGAGAAUGUUUCACAGCAACAGAAGCGCUGGGAUGCGCUGUGUCGUGAGGUGCACGACCGCGCCCAUCUCAGCGCCCACAGAGAGCGGCUGCGGCUGUUGCUGGAGGACCGCAACGGCGACGGUGAGGCGGCGUACGUGGCCGCCCUGCAGUCGAGGCCGUCGGAGAAGGGGGCGCAGGUGCUGGCCGUUCUCGCCUCCAUCGAUGCACAACUGAAGCGGGCGCUUCUCGCGGUGUACGCGCCGCGCCACACGGGUGACGAUGACGCACCGGUGGACGGCCGCACCGGUCCCACCGGCGGGGCUCAAACACGGCCAAUGCAACGUCUGCAGCUUGGUCACCAGGAGGACGACCAUGACGAUGGAUGCGGUGUCAACGCCAGUGGUGGCGUUGAGGCAGCGCCGUUUGAAGGGCAACAUGCACGUUGCUUGGCAGCGGUGGAGCGGUGUGUGGCGGAGAGCCUCCGGCGGACUCCAGGGUACGCGCUGCUGAUGCCACACCAACAGGAGGGCGUGCGGUGGCUGCUGCGGCUCAGCAUGGCGGAGCGCAUGCAUGGAGUCCUGGCGGACGACAUGGGCCUCGGCAAGACGGCGCAGUCGGUGGUCUUCCUCUCGUGCUACAAACUCGCGCUGGAGAGUUUGCAGCAGCAGCAGCAGCAGCAGAACCGAGAAGCGACUCUUGCAGAUGCGCUUAGCUGGGUCCUUCAAGAGGACCCAAAAAGAAAUACUACUACUACUGCUGCUGCUGCUGCUGCUGCUGUGAAUGGUACAACUACGGCUGCCGUUGCUUUGAGUGGCGGUGCUGUGAAUAACGGCCUCAGGAGGCGCGGCAGAAAACCGGCCCAUGAAAUGAAGUGCAACAUCGUGACGGGGGUGACGUCACCGAUGCGCCCAGUCCUCAUUGUCGCUCCUCUCUCCACGCUUCCGCAUUGGCAGGACGAGCUGGAGCGCUUCGGGUUGCGUGAUGUUGGCCGCAGCGCGUCGUCGCCGCCGCCGCCGCCACUGCUCUUUACCGCGUAUGUUCUGAACGGCUCACGCGAGGAGCGAGUGGAGGUGACGCGACGCUUCCUCUCGCACGCAGAGCAGCAGCAGCAGCCGGCCACGCCUGUCUUGGUGGCGCCACACGACAUGUUUGUGCGCCCGCUACACGCCAGUAUGCGGCGGCUGCGACAUGUCCUGUUCCACGUGACGAUUGUGGACGAGGCGCACCGCAUCAAGAACGCGGAGAGUGUACUGUUCAACAAGCUUUCCCAGCUCAAAAGCACAACACGCCUCGUCCUCACUGGCACGCCGCUGCAGAACAACGUUGCGGAGCUCUUCUCCCUGCUGCAGUUCCUCACGCCGCAGAUGAUUCUCAGUAGAAGAUCCGGCAAGGAGCUGAUGGAGCGGCUCGACGGCGCGCUGAUGCACGCGAGCCGCUCCGGUGCGCUGGAGGACGAGGAGCUGCACCUGCUGCUGUGCCGGCGCGUGCACGCGCUGGUGUCGCCCUUCGUGCUGCGGCGUGAGCUGAGUCUGCUGCAGCACAUGCUGCCGCCCAAGCGGGAGUUCACCAUCUGGUGCCCAAUGCUGCCGCUGCAGCGGGAUAUGCUGGAGCAGCUCGAGCUCAAGCGGCAGUGUGGCCGCCUCGUUGGAAACGCCACGAUUCACGCACGCAAGCUACUGCUCCACCCAUACACCACAGAGGAUGCGUUUUACAUCGACGAGGACGUUAUCUCUUCCUCGGGCAAGAUGCUGGUGCUGGACUUUAUGAUGCGCUUCCUGUGCAAGACGCAGCACAAGUUCCUUGUCUUCUGCAGCUGGACGCUCGUGCUGGACAUCGUCGAGACGGUGUGCCAGAUGCGCGGCAUGCCGUUCGUCCGCCUCGACGGGAAGACGUCGGUGGACGACCGCAAGAAGAAUAUCGCACGGUUCAACAACGCAGCUGCUGCCGCUGCCGCAUCCCCUACGGCUGGUAGCGAUGAAGUUGUCAAUGACGUUGCGACAGGGGGCCGUGGCGGAAGCAAAGCACGAGCUUCUGCUGUCGCUUCGGCGCUGGCGGACGCGUCGGACCCAAAAUGUUUUCUCAUCAGCAAAGUCGCUGGCGGCGUUGGGCUCAACCUCCAGAGCGCCGACACCGUCUUCAUGCUGGACGUUGACUACAACCCCAUGCGGGACGCGCAGGCGCUCUCACGCGUGUACCGCAUGGGACAAACGCGCGAGGUGCGUGUGUACCGCCUCGUCGUUGACCACCCAGUGGAGCGGGGCAUGUUGCAGAUCAGCGCGGCGAAGGAGAACCUCAACUUGGCGGUGGUGCACGCCGGGAAGUACGACCUGCACUCCUCCGCCGCGGAGCGUGAGGAGGCGCUGCAGUCGGUGUUCCAUCGCAUUCAGCAGCAGCAGCAGGAGGAUGAAGGGGAGGAGGAGGAGGGGAGCCGGCGGGGAUGUGCGGAAUCGGUGCCUGCCUAUGCUUUGCCAUCCAGCAGCAGCAGCUGCCGCCGAAGAGGAAGCCUCAACAAAACGAGCGAAGGAGAUCUAGAGGAGAAGUGUGAGGAGGGUGGCAAUUUCCGAGUUGAUGGAGAUCAGACACCUAGGCUAGUAUGCCGUAAGCGUAUUCGAUUCGAGGAUGACAACAGCGACGAGAGCGAGACAACGAGGCGGACGCGCCAGCAGAGGGCUGUGCCGGCGGCCCCGCUCCAGCACUCGCUGCUGCUGGCGAUGCGGGACGUUCUGCGCGAGGCACUCGUACGCACCCCCACCGAGCUGCAACUCUACGAGGAGGAGAUGGAGGUGUUGGCAUCAGCAAUACCCAGGGCAAGCUGA